UCAACUUCAUCAUUAUUAUUAAGAGCGGAGCAGAGUCAGUAUUCGUAACGCCGUUGCGUUGCAUUUCUUUUCUUUUAUUCAUUGAAUACAGACUAGAAAAUCCCCCCCGCUACAAAUUCCCCCUUGUGGUUCUGUGCAUCCGCCAUCGCCCCAUGCCCAAGACCCUUGGCGGAGCUAAAGGGAUAGCUUAAUAUUGGGCCUGGAAAAUGUGGGAACGAACCACGGCUGGUGAUUUCGGGAGGGGAGGAAGCAGAGGGAUUUUUUGCAUGGGGUGGGGAAGAAGAUAUAAAAGAGUAUUGCUAGAGAUAGAAAGGAUCAUGUAAGUAUACUCCGUACAGCGUAGAUAUAUAAAUGUAGAUAGAUAUGUAGGAGGAAUCAGACACGUAUCGUAUGUAGAGUCGAACCAGCCAACAACUGCCCAUCAAUCCCUGGCCUGACAUCUCAUCUCAUCUGGGAUAGACGAAGAUGAAUGACUGUCUGGUCUGUCUAUCUUGUCCUGUCUUGGGUGGAACUGCAGCGAUCAGUUCACUGCGACUCCUGGCUGCGUGGGUCGGAUUAAAUAAGUUAUAAGUUGGAAUUGGGAUUGGGAUUGGGAUUGGGAUAUCGUCGUCGUCGUCGUCGUCGUCAAUUUUCUUUCUUUCUUGCUUCCCCGCCUCGCCUCGUCUCGUCUCGUCUCGUCUUCUGCUCCCUCCCUGCUAUCUUUUCUGUCUCCCUCCCUCUUCUCCCUCCCUCUCCCUGUCUAUCCUUCUCCCUCUCUGUCUAUUCCUCCUUCGAGCUGGCUUGGCUGUGGUGUCAGUCGCCCAGCUCUCUCAAUCGUCUUUCUCUUUCUCUUCCUCCUCUCCCCCACCUGGAGUGGCCUCAUCCCAACUAACCAACCUGUUCGACACAACCUACUCAAGGGGUGCAGGCCUGUCGAUUGAUAUCUGGAUGAUUCCCUCUUCUUCUCGGUUUUAUGUGUUUCUGGUUACUUGCUGCUUUUCCCUUCUUCUUCUUCUUCUUUUUUGCCGCCGCAAAUAAAUGUUCGCUUUCCUCCCCCUUCUAGCCGCUCCCUGGAGACUCGUUCUCUCGCUCUUUGAGGGUGGAAGCGACAAUAAUGGCCGGAGUGUGAAAUGGCUGGAUGGUUUGCGCGGGAUCGCUUCCGUCCUCGUCAUUCUCACCCACCUCGCCCGAGCCUGGGACUACGACCUCUUCUCCCCGCAAAAUGGCGAAGACAUCCCCCCCCGAUUGCUCCAGCUGCCCAUCCUGCGCAUCCCCUGGCAGGGCAGAAUCGGCGUCACCAUCUUCGCCUUCCUGACCGGCUAUGUCUGCGCCCUGAAGCCGCUCAAGCUCUCCCGUGCCGGAAACUAUACCGCUGCCUUCUCCUCCAUCUCCAAGAGCGCCUUCCGCCGCCCGCCUCGUCUCAUCCUCCCCGCAGCAAUUGCCAUGGUCAUCGCCUGGCUGGUGGCGCAGUUGGGCGGUUUCACUGUGGGCAAUAGGGCGGAUUCGGAUUGGAUUCGCUUCGCGAGCCCCGUGGUGGAGGACUCGGUUUUCAAGGAAAUCGUGCGCCUGUUCCGCGUCUUCCUGAAUACCUGGACAAAUGGGCAUAUGGACUACGACGACCACCAGUGGGCACUCCUGCCGCUGCUCAAGGGUUCUAUGAUUAUCUAUGUCGUGCUCUGUGGCACGAUGUACAUGCAGUACCGCUUUCGGAUGAUGGUGUACGCCAUCAUGUUCAUGUACUUCUGGCAGCAUCCGGGUCCUGAUACUGAAACCUUCGGCCAACAAUUCUUUGUCGGCAUGUUCCUCUCCGACCUCGCCAACGACCAAUCCUUCCAAUCCUACGUUUCCUCCCUCACCUGGUCCCGGCGCAUUUUCAGCUUCACAAUCGCCUUCCUGGGCCUCUUCCUCGCCUCCUUCCCCGGCGAACGGCCUGAAUUCGCCCCCUGGUCCCGCUUCCUCCUUGCAAUCGGCCGCGCCAUCUUCCCCAACAACGUUAAACUAGGAAAACGCUUCUCAGCCCUAGGCCUCGACCUCAUCAUCGUUGCAAUCUAUCUGUCCCCCACCACCAAAUCCAUCCUCUCCAAACGCCUUUUCCUCUUUCUCGGCCGCAACAGCUUCGCCGUCUACCUCUGCCACGGCACCCUGCUGCGCGUCGCCCUCACCUGGAUGAUCUACGGCAUCUCCGGCCAGCCGUGGGAGCCCACCACCAACGAGGCCGGCAAGGUCGUGAAGCCGCCCUGGCUGCCCCGCGGUGGACCGAUGGUUUUCGCGGUCUCGAUCCCCAUCUGGCUUUGCAUCGUGUAUGGCGUCGCGCACCUGUGGACGACGUAUGUCGAUUCGUUCUGCGCCCGACUUACGCAUCGGCUGGAGAUGCAUGUUUUUGAGCCGGAUGAAAAGGCGCGGCAGGUUGGGCUGCCGCGAUAACGAACUUUGAUUUUAUUUUGUUUAAAGCUUCAUUAAUCUAUUUUUUUUUUUCCCCUUUUGCGGUUUCUCGGUUGGAUUUUUCCCGUGAUAUAGAAGAAAUCUUCGCGGGGCCACGGCUCCGCGCCCGUGCAUGCAUCCUUCCACACAUGCAUUUGCCGCCAAAUCGGGGUUGUAAAACAGCCAGCCAGACCAACCCCCGUGGUGUUUUUUUCGGAAAUCUACUCCUACUCCUAUUAUCAUUUGUCAUAAUUCCAUUUUAAAAUCCCAUAUCAUUCUACUUCCGUUUUAUUGUUCCUUUCUAUCCUUUUUCCUUUCUUUUCUUUUUCUUUUUCUUUUUCUUUUUCUUUUUUUAAUUCCUUUUUUAAAUCCUUUCCAACCUCUAUACCAAUUACAUGCUUCAAUGUCGGUUGUAUUUCUUGUAUUUUUUGCGCGAACCUUGCUCUUUUUAUGUACAUAUAUAUAUAUACAUUAUUCCCCGCGUGCUGCUGCCGCUGCCGCUGCAUGUAGCUCUGGUUUUGUGGUCUUUAGAUUUUUGAUCAUACAUUUUAUUUAGUUUUGUUCUUUUCUUUUCUUUUUUCUUUUCGUUCCGUUCCUUUUUUCAUGGAUUUUUAUUUCCUGAGAGUAGUCUUAUAGAUACUAUCUGUGUUAUGUGCACGUACUUGAUACCUUCAGUCCUUUGUGAGCACUUUGAUAGCGGAAGAAGGAGUAGAUGUUUAUACCACUGCUUCUUUUACGGGCGCUUGAUCUUAUUCACAGAGUUAUUUUAUCUGAGCGUUUAUGCAAUGGAUGUACGGAGUAUAUAUGAUGUUUGCGGCAUGAGAUAUGAAGAAUGUGUAUUUGGAAGGUUCCAAGAUAAGGUACACGUACAUAUGCUAACCCGUAUAUAUGUAAGUGGGCCACAAGCUCCAUGGAAAGAAUAAAAGACAAAAAAAGCUUGCUCUGUGAUUUGUUUUUUUGUAUCAUCUCUUGUUUGCUUUUGUAAAUGGUGUUUUUUUGUGGUGGUGAGGAUGGUGGUGGUGAUGUGAAUGAUAGAAGGGACCUGCGUCUUGUCUAGUGAUAGAUAUCUUUCUCUAUGUACAUGUAUGUGGGAAGAUUAGGAAAAAGGCGGGGGAAGUAAUCGCACAGGGUAUGUAUGUAUGGAUGGAUGGGCUAGCAAACGAUAGGAGUAUGGCCAAAAAGGUGGGAAGCAUUAGGUGUAGGUGGGCGUAAGUGAUGGGGGAAAAGGGAUGAGUGAAAAGAGUGAAAAUGGGAUAGAAACACAUGACGAAAGAAAAAAAAAGAAGGAAUGAAAGAGAGAACAAUCGCUUGCUUGAUAGGAGUACAGGGGAUCUAGGUAAAU